AUUAUAUACCGGUUGUACUAUAAAUGCUAAGCCUAUCAGUACGUUGGGAUUGAGCUGUGCCGUAUUGCAUAGAGUAAUUAGCACGUGAAUUAUGCUAGCAUAUGCUGCGUGGCAGCUUGUGCUAACUAGCCUAACCCAGUGUCCGUCAUAUUCGCACCAGCACAGCCUUCCCUGGCUUACAAGACUCUAUAUUUCCCAAGCUGUCUGGCUCAUUGUCACUAAUCGCUUGAAUUGGUUGGAAAAUAUUUCCACGUCGUCCUGUCAUCCAUCUUGUACCACUCUGGAGAAUGUGAGCUUAGAAUAGUUAUUCUAUUAAUUUUUCUGUGUGGGUUCCAAGUCUGUUAUUAGUACAGUAUCUUGUCUAGCAAUGUAUCACAGGCUGGCAAUUUUGUGUUGCUAUGGAGCGCUGUGGCCGCCAGCCCAGAGGCUUCUUAGAGAUCAACGAGAGUUUGAAGACCCACAAAAUAAUAUGGGGCAAAUAUCAGUGUUUCAGGAUAAUCAUCUAGCCAAUCAUGCAUUGGCCCUGGGAACGGGGCCAUCAGGUUAUUCCUCUCCGUACGUUAUUCCUCUCCGUACGCUAUUCCUCCCCAUACGCCAUUCCUCCCCAUACGCUAUUCCUCUCCGUACGCUAUUCCUCCCCGUACGCUAUUCCUCCUCAUACGCCAUUCCUCUCCGUACGCUACUCCUCCCCGUACGCUAUUCCUCCCCAUACGCCAUUCCUCCCCAUACGCUAUUCCUCCCCAUACGCCAUUCCUCCCCAUACGCUAUUCCUCCCCAUACGCUAUUCCUCUCCGUACGCUAUUCCUCUCCGUACGCUAUUCCUCCCCGUACGCUAUUCCUCCCCGUACGCUAUUCCUCCUCAUACGCCAUUCCUCUCCGUACGCUACUCCUCCCCGUACGCUAUUCCUCCCCAUACGCCAUUCCUCUCCGUACGCUAUUCCUCCUCGUACGCUAUUCCUCUCCGUACGCUAUUCCUCCCCAUACGUUGUUCCUUGAAUAUCAGCUAACGCAAGUCCGGACGGACCCUCUUGUUAAAGGUGACAUUGGCAGUACAGCAAAUGACGAAAAAUAUGGAUUGGCAUUCUUCAACUUUGCAAAAAGCGAAAACAAAAAAUAA